CGCGAGGAGAGCGCCGGUGAGAGGCGGCUCCUGGGUCGGCCGCGGCUCUACCUAUGGCCGCACGUUUAGGCAGUGGCGGCGUUCGAGACGGCCUGGACUGAUCUGUGGAGCCGCGAAGGGCCCACCUUGACCGAGGGACGUAACAAACACUGCGGGCAGUGUUUGAGGAUGGCGCUGAACAAUGUGUCCCUGUCCGCCGGCGAUCAAAGGACCAGGGUGGCCUACCGCGCGUCCCACGGCGACCUCAGCCCGUCGGCCUUAGCGCUGGCGAUGGUCUCCGGAGACAGCUUCCUCGUUGCCAGGCCCGAGGCUAUUCUUUCAGGACCCACUCCUCGUCAGGCCCUGCGGCCGAGCGUUCGUACCGAGAGCGGUCGGACGAGUGUGGGCGGCCGGGGCCCGACCCGCUUUAUAAAGGGAAGGGAACCUGGUGGACAGAACCGGGGCAGCCAUACCAGAUUCUCACCGUAUCCGACCCCCGGGCUUAAAUUGGAUCUCCUGAGGAGCCUGCUGCAACAGCGGCUGAUUGCCAUUGGAAGUGUUAUCGCAGCCCGCCUUUCGGCUUAAUACCCCCCUCUGCCCCUCGACUCGCUUGUAAACGAGGGCCUCCCUAAAAUCCUUCCUUGGUGCCUUGGCAGUCUUAUUUUCAGAGGGAUGUAUUUUCGUUUUAAUAUAAAAACACGUAGGAGUCAGGUUAAUACGGCUUAGUACAGAGGAAGAUUCUUACCGCUGAAUUCCGAUGGUUUGGGGCGGCCAGAGUGAUUAAAUCAGGAAGGAGGUAGAAGAGAUUUUCUUCUUAGUCACAAAGCUGAACCACCCUUCCCAGAGGUCUGCAAUCAUUUUUCACCCCUGGUGCGCUCCAUCCCAGCAAUGGACCCAAAUUUCUCUGCUUUCCACAAACCUUCUCUCCCACCCUGGCAGAUUCUCCUACCUUGAGACUUGUAAUUGGAAACAGCCUACGCCUCUACCCCAGACUAUUGCCGUUACGUUUACUUCUGUUGCUGAAAAGGAAAUGCUUCUUUUUACUCCCCUGGCUUAUACUUCCAUAGGGCCUGAGGCUUAUCCAGUCCUCUUGCCUUUAACCCUUUUCCAUCUCCCUCCACUUUUUCUUCAGGAAUAUCUGCAAAGUCCAGUCGCAGUCAUAACCAAAAACAAAAGCAAACCUAAACUUUGCUGCUUUUUCACAUUAUUAAGCUAGUUUCACUUCUUUUUUUGCCAAAGGCUCCAAAUGAGUUUUUUACAUUUCUAUUUGUCAUUUUAUUAUUAGCAUUCAAUCCCAGUUUCCUUAAUCUGAGUCUGUUGUCCCGAAAUAGAAUGGUGGAUAAUUUAGGCUUACAGUCUCCUGUUAGGAAGCGGUUCAUCAAUUCACUGUAGCAUCUUCCCCAAAUGUUCUUGUUUAUUUUUAUUCAUUCACCAUUCAACAGUAUUUGAAGAUCUUCCCAGUGGUGAGCACUGUGGAUAAACUACAGUCAAGGAAUGUUUUUCUAGAUAGGGAGGCUAAUAAAUCAAUAGGUAAUCACCACACUGGACUGUUCAUUAGGUGCAGUGAUAACAAUAGCAUUGGUUGCAGUGGCUCUCCAUGACACUGUACUAUCCUGGUUCUACCUGGCUGAUCACUCCUUAUUUUCUGAUAUUUUUAUUCUCUUAACCAUAUAUUUCCUAAGGUUUAAAGGGUGGUAUGGGGAGAAAAUUAGUGGGGUUUUUUAAGUGCCAACUCUGUAAGCAGGUAGACUAGCUUUUUCCCAGUGCACUCUUAUGUAUAAUUAUGAUCAGGUAAAGCAAAAUUACCACAUACCACACAGUACUGAAUUGUUAGAACCACAUCUGAAGAAGAAUGUUGGUAAAUCCCAAGAGCUUCCAUAAGAGAGUGAUUAAUAUGGUGAGAGAUCUGGAAACCAGGUCAUAGAAAAAAAUGGUUGAAAGGAUAAUAACAGCUACGUUUUAUUGAGUGCUAUGUGUAAGGCAAUGUUGUAGAGGUUUUUAUUCAUUAUUUAU